AUGGAAUACAAAUUGUACAGGCAGCUGUUCGAGUCUGCCAAAUCCAGGAUAGUUUUUUCCAUUUUGAACACUGUGCUGCAAGUCGCAUUGCAAGCGUGUCUUAUCCCUGUAACCAGAAAUUCCAACGAAGACCUUGCGGGUGCAGGUUGUUUCCAAGCGGGUGCCCUAGAUUGGUCCGACUCGUUGCUGGAAAAUAGUCUCCUCAUAUCAUUGCACCUCCUUGCUCUCUCCUUGCAUAUCUUUUCAGUGAAAAACAACUCUCCCUCUUUCGCUCCUCUUCUGUUAAUAUUAUUUGGCCUCUCGUUUGGGUCUAGCAUUACCCAGCUGGCCCAGUUUGCCCAGAUCGCCCCACAAUGCAAGGUGACACUCUCAGUAAUGAUUGCAUCUUUUCGGCUCUUCUUUUCCUCGAUUUUUCUUAUCGUUCUUGUGGUGUGGAUGAUCCCGUGGCGGUCAUCGUUUAUCAAGGAAUUUGCGUUGAAAACAUCUAUAUGCACUCUGUGGUACAUUGUGGCUGGAACCUCGUUGGUUGCCCAUAAUAUCUCACUAUUUUGCACCUGGGUUGCUUUCGCUUCCGCCCUUGUCCUCGACAUUCUCAUUAGAGAAUCACUUUCACGGCGUGCUUUGCGUAAGGACGCUCCGCCAACGACCAGUGCGGCGGAAACCCCUAGGGAAGAUUCGCAUGUUGAUGUCCGCAUGGGCGUGCCAUCACAGACGUUGCCAUCUACCACCUACGUAUCGGUGGGUCAGAGCAGCUUGACGAGCGGGCCCUUCGAAGGCCCCGUCGCUCACUCUCAGACAGGACCCACGAUAUCAAGCAAAUCAAGUCCCGAAAUUCGUUCUUCUGUCCUGACCGCCUACACGAAUUCAAAAUUAUCGACAGAGGCGUCCUCUGUGCGGUCUUCGAUUGGCGUGGAGACAUUCCACACGGCCGUCCAUCCUCGCUCAUCAAUGUCUUCGGGUUCUAUAUCGACGGUUGGGCGUUUGGAGUCACCAGAUAGAGAGCAAACAACCAUUAGAGUACGUGAUUCGGCUCGGCCUCCAAGGCUGUACGUGGGCAGUUCACCUCGCGCUUCAGUAGCGGAGGAAGAACUGCAGCCAUCUGGUCCAUCAGAUAACGAACAGCUGUCACUAUGCCGUCGUGAGGGAAUACAUAGACCACCAUCGCACCGUUUAUCAGGCUCGUCAAGUUCAGCUGUUAAUGCCUAUCUACCGGCCACACGAGAUGGAGAGGAUCUUCAAUCCCAGUCAUCCGGUGAACCCGAACCAGCGGAAACGGAGGGUAUGACGCCCUUUCCCAGUUCAUCGUCUCCCACGCCUCCCACGCCUUCCGUAUCAUCCAGUACACCUACAGUUCCACCUUACACCGAAGGGCCAUAUGUUUACAGGCAACGACAUGAUACACUAGCGAGUCACGGAACCUACGAGACACUACCGAGUUACCACUCCAGAAGAAGUAGCCAAACGCUCGCAGAGAUGUUGAAUGGACCCCCUCAGACACCUCGACAUGUCAGGUCUUUGCCUCCGUUGCCCCCCUUGCCGCCUUUCGCAUACAUGUCAGAGUCGAUUCUCUCGACGCAUAAUUCGUCGAGACCUGAGGCCUGA